CUCCCGGGCUGAGUUUGGUUAGUGCGGCUGUCAGACUCUUUCGUUCGGCCUUAGGGCUUGGUGGCCCUUGGGGUGGGCUCUCGCCGUUACCGGACUCAUUCCAGUACCUGCAUUUGGGAAGCCGUGUGAAUUCCUCUGUCUCCUAGCAACGAGAGACUGGGCCGCGGCUUCCGGCAGCCGCGGCGCGAGCCAAGUCGCCCCGGCGGGAGCCAGAACCCCCAGGCCUAGCCCAAACGGUUGCCGAAACACAGAGGUUGGAAGAAUAAGCAGGAAAUGGCGGACGAGGCGUUGUUUUUGCUUCUCCAUAACGAGAUGGUGUCUGGAGUGUACAAGUCGGCGGAGCAGGGGGAGGUGGAAAAUGGACGAUGUAUUACCAAGCUGGAAAACAUGGGGUUUCGAGUGGGACAAGGAUUGAUAGAAAGGUUUACAAAAGAUACUGCAAGAUUUAAGGAUGAGUUAGAUAUCAUGAAGUUUAUUUGUAAAGAUUUUUGGACUACAGUAUUCAAGAAACAAAUCGACAAUCUAAGGACAAAUCAUCAGUAUUUAGCAUUUACGUGUGGCUUAAUCAGAGGUGGCUUAUCAAACUUGGGGAUAAAAAGUAUUGUAACAGCUGAAGUGUCUUCAAUGCCUGCCUGCAAAUUUCAGGUGAUGAUACAGAAGCUGUAGAACAUACUGAAAUGCAAGGCUUCAACAGUGUAAAGAGAUAAAUUAUUCAUGUAUAAAGUAUUUUAAGUAGCAAUUAUUUAAUUACAACGUUGGACAUUUGUAUGGGACUAAGAGUGUAUUUUAUCAGUUCAACACAGACCAACUCAAAGCAGAUAAAGGAACAUUCUGCCAUGACAUACACUUUACUGAAACUAUUUAAAAUGAAAAUCUGAUUUCAAACAACCAGACACCAAGAUGUAGGACCCCUAUUUUAAACAUUUUUAUUUGGUUAGAGUGAUGUGUAUGUAACCCCAGAUGGAGAAGCAAGGCUCAGGGUUUGUUGAAUUAGCAUAAAGAAAAGUACACACCAACAGAAUCAUUUGUGUUAAGAAUGAACAAAUUUUGGUUAAG